AUGUCUGAUAAAAAGGCUCCAACAAAGGAAAAUUUGACGUGGAAGAUCAACUAUCUUGCUGCUCAGGUGGGUGAAAAGACACACAUGAAGACUGCCAUCCUCGCUGCAUCCAGGGCAAAAUACCAACAAAUUCACAACAGGAAUGCCGGUGAAAUGAACAAAGAAACUUUGAUUCAAGAGCUACAUAACGCCAGAAAACUGAAAUUGGAGUCGAAAUUGUAUCAAGCUCGCAAAGAUUUGAAAACUGCAUUAAAAAAGGCAAAGAACGAGGAAACUCAAAAGCAGAACAAGAAGAUCAAAUCAGCUCGUAAAUUGUUAGAAAACGCUGUUGGUGAAAAGGAGGGAGACGAUAAGGAGGCCGAGAAAAAGCCCAAAAAGAAGAUCACAGUUGAAAAUAUCGAAUUGUAUGAAAAGGAGUUGGAAGCGAUUAAGAGUAUUGAUCUCGACGCACUUGUCGAAAAGACAUUAAAAUCCAAACUUCAAAAGAACGUAGAAUUGAAAAACGAGGAUCUCAUUAAAGACUUGAUUGAGUCAUCCAUCAAAACCAAAAAGACUGAAGACAAGAUUUUGCAAAACAUCGAAUCUCGUUUAAUAGCCAGCAAGGCAGUGAUUUCCGAGAUGAAUGGUAUUUUAUCCUCCUUCCAAAACAUUGUCAAGGGCAACAAUGAAAAGAUUGAAAAGAUGAAGACCAUCGAAGAGAAAAAGAAGCAAGCAGCAGAGAAAAAGAAGAGACAAGCAGAGGAAGAAGAGAAAAAGCCCCAAGCAGCAAAGAAGCCCCGUGUCACAAAAGCCAAAAAAAUAGGUACAUCAGAGUUCUUUGAGACCUUGGGUGAGGUGGCGGAUGACGAGAAUGAGGACGAAAACUUUAAAAAGAUCUACGAGGGUGAAAAGAAACCCAACAGAGCAGGUCAAAGACAGAGAAGAAAGCAAUGGGAGGAGAUGUAUGGUCGUGAGGCAAAGCACAUUGCUAGUGAAUAUCAAAAACGUGAAGAAAAGAGACUUGCAAAUCCUGAUUACAGACCCAAAAAGAAGCCUGCACCCAAGCCCAAGCCUGCUGCUGUUCAUCAUCAAAAGCCAUCAGCUCCUGCUGAACCUGUUCAUCCAUCUUGGGAAGCUAAGCGUAUACAAGAAGAGAUCAUGUCCAAGGCAUUGAGUGGGAAGGCCAAGUCAAAUAACAAGAUCGUGUUUGAUGAUAGUGAUUAG